UGUAGGACACCCGGUGGGACCCAAGUUUUAAACUACUGACCAGACACUCCACGCUUGACCACGGCUUUUUCAAUCUAUAGGUGGUCGCUGCGCGUUGACCUCCAUUUGUUCGCAAAACAAAUCCCAAGAAAAGAAAAAGAGAGAUGGAGCUGCUGCAACAUGUUAGUCAUGAACAUCCACUGAUUUUCAAUGAAGAGCAAAGCCAUGAAAGUGAGAAGCAGCCUUAUUGCUCAGGAUGUGGGGAGCUGGUAUCCGGUCCAAACUUUAGUUGUGCGGAGUGUGGGUUUUACCUUGACAAGAAGUGCGCCGAGGCACCCUUUAAGAUAAAUCACCCCUUUCAUCGCACCCACAGCUUUGAGCUUCUAGUAAGUGCGCUAAAGAAAAACUUUUGUGAUUUCUGCUUCAAAAGUUGUGAGAAGUUUGUUUAUCGUUGUUCUUAUUGUGAUAUAGACCUUCAUAUCAAAUGUGCUUUGUUUUUGAGUAACAUUGCUGAAAAAAGAAUUGGAGAGCUUCAACAAAUUGCUCAUAUGAUCUCUACGGAAAAUGGUAAUGAAAAACUCAAAAAAGCUACGUGCUUUGCAUGUUGGAAGCCGUUACUAGAUUUUGCGUACUUAGCUCUUGAUUGUGGAAUUCACCUACAUGUGAAAUGUGCUGAUCUACCUGUAGAAAUCAAUCACCCUUUUCAUGGUGAACAUCCUCUUAUUUUACAGUUGUGUACUGGAAAUUGUAACAAUCUCCCUUGCAACGUUUGCCAAAGAACCCAGAGUACGGGAUUUGUUUAUUGUUGUUUAGUUUGCAAGUUUGCUCUUCACAUUGAAUGCGCAUCACCACAACCACCAAGUAUUGAAGACAAAAAUCAUGAACACCCUUUUAUCCGAUUUCAGAGACGUGUCCCAUUCAUUUGUGAUGCAUGUGGCUGUUCAGGAAAUCAUGUAUCCUACAUUUGCUCUACAUGUGACAUUAUGGUCCAUAGAAGCUGCAUUUCAUUGCCCCGCACCCUCAAACACCCAAUGCAUUUUGAACACCCCAUUUUCCACACCUAUUUCCUUGGGCAAGAUGAGUUUAAAUCGUGGGAAUGUAGAAUUUGCCAUUUAGAGGAUGUGAAUUCAAAGCAUGGAAGCUACUGUUGUUCUGAUUGCAAUUAUAUUGUCCAUGUGAAUUGUGCAAUAGAAGAUUAUAAUUGGUAUGAGUUUGAUGAGUCAGGAAUAAUAGAUGAGAGUCUUGAAGAAAAUUCAGCAUUGCUACCAUAUUCUAUUAUUAAGGAGAUCAAAGAUGGAGAAAAUGUGGAAGCCACUGAGAUAAAACAUUUUAGCCAUCAACACAACUUAAUUUUAAGCAAUGACAGCAAGGAUGAUAAAUGUUGUGAUGGUUGUGUGCUAUCCAUCUUUACUUCUUAUUAUUAUUGUUCACAGUGUAAUUUCUUUCUCCACAAAUCCUGUGCUGAAUUACCGAUGAAGAAGCACUUUUGGUUUGAAAUGCACUCAAAGCCUCUUUCACUUACUUCAAAGUUCAUUUUCCAAUGUGCAAUUUGUGAGUGUGAAACUAGUGGUUUUGCCUACACUUGUACUAAAUGCAAGGAUUAUUGUUGCCUUCGAUGUGCUUUCAUUUCGAAUAGCCCCAUGUGUCAAGGACAUGAACACGUCCUCCCUUUUCAUCAACAUUAUCGAGGUUUGUGUAAUGGUUGUGGUGAUUUUACCGAAUUUGCAUACAGAUGUAAGAGAUGCGAUUUCUCUUUGGAUCAGAAAUGUAUCACACUACCACUUAAAGUUCGACACAAAUCUGACGUGCAUUACUUCACACUCACUUAUCACGAUGGUAAUGGUUAUUCAGAAUCUCAUUAUUGUGAUAUUUGUGAAGAAGAAAGGAAUCCAAAUCAUUGGUUUUAUUAUUGUGAAAUAUGUGACAAUUCAGCUCACCCUACAUGCAUUCUUGAAAAAUACUCAUUUAUCAAGGUUGGAAGCAUCUACACAAAAGGAGGUCAUCCACACCCUCUCACUUUUGUCCAGAAGGUUCAUUAUUAUCCAAAAUGCCAUGAUUGUGGUGAGUACUGCCUUGAUCUGGCUCUUGAAUGUAGAAUAAUUGGAUGCAAUUAUAUUGUCCAUUGGGAAUGUAUAAAAUCUCAGAAAGUUGGAAAACAAAAAUUUUAUUGUCUUCCAAAAUAAUUAUUGUUGUUCAAGUAGCAAUGAGACAAAUAAGCAGUUUGUUGUUUCUAAACUAUUUGUAAUUAUUCUGUGUAAGUGUUUGUGUCCCUUUUUGGUUAUCAUCGUAUGAGAAUUUCGAAAUUCUGACUUGAUAGAGGUAACAUGAUUGGAAUUACUUUAUGAUUUUUCUAUUACAUAUUUGAGCAUUGGAAGAUUGUUUGGUAUUUGUAAAGUUCUCUAUUUGAUUUGCUAUCAUUAGAAGUG